AUGAACGAAAAUCUAUUUACCUCAUUCUCUACCCCUACAUUAAUAGGACUACCUAUUAUUAUUAUAAUUAUUGCAUUCCCUGCCUUACUAUACCCUACAUCUAACCGUUUAAUUAGCAACCGCAUUCGAACCCUCCAACAAUACCUAAUUAACCUUAUUCUAAAACAAAUAAUAGCUAUCCAUAGCCCUAAAGGUCGAACCUGAUCACUAAUACUUAUAUCACUUAUUAUUUUUAUUGCAUCAACAAACCUUUUAGGUCUUUUACCCCAUACAUUUACACCUACUACACAACUAUCUAUUAAUUUGGGUUUAGCAAUUCCACUGUGAGCAGGAGCAGUAAUUUUAGGCUUUCGUUACAAAUUUAAAACAUCUGUGUCCCAUUUUUUACCUCAAGGUACCCCAAUCCUCUUAAUCCCCAUACUUAUUAUUAUUGAAACUAUUAGCCUAUUUAUUCAACCCAUAGCACUAGCCGUUCGAUUGACAGCUAAUAUUACAGCUGGGCACCUUCUCAUACACCUAAUUGGGGCUGCUACCCUAGCAUUAUUCUCAAUCAGUACCUCAACAGCCCUUAUUACUUUUAUUAUUCUUCUACUUCUUACAAUUCUAGAAUUUGCUGUGGCACUGAUUCAAGCCUAUGUCUUCACUCUUCUAGUAAGCCUCUAUCUACACGAUAACACUUAA